UAAGGCACUUUGUGUCAUCUCUCCUCAUUUGUUAUGAUAUUCUGUAAAUUAGAUUUGCUCCUUCCAUGAACCGAAAAGAGGCUCACUGUUUGCUCACCAGCGUCGCUCUCUCUCUCUCUCUCACUCACUCUUUCACUCUUUCUCCUCAUUGUCCAUAUUACACUCUUCUUGGAUCGAGGAGGGGGUUCUCAUGGGAAAAAGGAACAUGUUCGUAAACUGCUCUACUAUGUCAGUUGGAACGGAAGGAGCACCAUCUUGCUCAAGAGAGAGAGAGAACGAUUGUUACGAUAAUAAUGGCAUUGUCGGCUUAAGAAUAAAAAGUAAUAACAUUGGCAAGAAGAUUUGCUUUUCUAUUGCUGAUUUGGCAUUUAUGCCCGGAUAUAAAAAUAUGUGUUCCAUGCUUGGAACCACAUUUCGUUCCACAUUCAUCAUGCACGAAGCUACUGUGAUCUACACUCUCUUAACAGUUACUACCACUCUGGCGCUCAAUGUUCGGCCAUUAGCCAAGAAAAACGAUGAAAAUGGCUUUGAAAAUUCACAUCUCGUUAACAUCCAAUGGCCCGAUCCACCCCCAAUAGUUCCUCGCCAUGAAAGUGAACUUCCACCCAAGGAACCCAGGCUUGAAUGGAACAAUGGAACUACCUCAAAAUCGCCUACAUGGAUUCGAUCAGGUGACAAUUCCACUCAAAAAUCCAUGGAUAGAUGGUAUAAAGAUGGCGAUUAUUGGAUCAUCGAUAUUUCUGAAACGAAUGAGAAUAAUAUCAACGAGGAACUAGAGGAUCCUCAUUUCUUGGACCGAAUCGUGGGAGGUACAGAGACUGAUCCAAAUGAGUUCCCUUGGAUGGUGUCAUUACAAACCACAAAUGGUCAACACUUUUGUGGGGGAUCCAUAAUCCAUAGCAAGUACAUCCUCACUGCGGCUCAUUGCUUGAGUUGGGGGGUCACGAGGGUUCGAGUAUCAUUUGGCAAACACGAUUUGACCAAAAAAGAGACGGGGGCUUUCAGUCGCAACGCUAAGGAAUUAAUGUAUCACAAGGAUUAUUUGGAGCACCAACCUGAUUACGACAUUGGUAUGAUUAAACUGAGGAAACCAAUUCCGUUCACCGAAAGCGUGAAUCGUAUUAGAAUCCCAAACCCAAAUAUCCCAUCCUUACAAGGUUAUAGAGCAAUGGCGGCUGGUUGGGGCAACGUGGCCUAUACAAGCUUGGAGGGCAGCUCUGUGUUGCGAAAGGUAACCAUUCAAGUGUUUUCGAAUGACUACUGCCAAAAGAAAUACUUUAUGGACAACAUUACGGAAAGAAUGAUUUGUGCGGGAUCACGCAAAGGAGGUAAAGACUCUUGCCAGGGAGACAGUGGUGGACCUCUUGCGAUGAAGGGAAAAAACUAUGGAUACGUGCAAGUCGGAAUCGUUGCUUGGGGGCGAGGCUGCGGUUCUAAGCAAUAUCCCGGAGUCUAUACUCGUGUUUCCAAGUUCACAGAUUGGAUCAGAAAGAAGGCCGAUUUGAGCUAACCUUUCUUGUCAUAAGUUUGUACAUUUGCUCCAUUCAAUCAAUGAGAGUAGAAUUAAAAUGAUAAAUGCAUGUGCGUAAUGUUUAUUGUUCCAUGUGUUCCAAUUUCAAUUUCAUGAUCAAUCUAUCAAACUAAGGUGGCGUGUGUGGAAGGGAACGAUCCCUGCCCAUUUGUUCCAUGAGAUCCCGAACUCUACCUCUCUUUUUUGUGACUGGUUCCAAUCUUGGUAAAAGCUUUCAUGCACUUAUGAGUUUGAGAUGUCCGUUCAAAACGAAGGAAAAUCUGGCAUGAAGGCAUUGAACAUGAUCCAACAAAAGUGAUCCAUUGACCAAUGACCUAAUCCACUUGAAAUCCUAUUUGAAACAACCAAUCAACCAUUUCCCACGAGAUUAAGAGCACAUACUUUUUCGGUCCUUUUAUGUCAUAGACAUAUAUAGCUCACUAGAUUCGUCCCUGAAAGGUUAACGCUCAGAUAUUACUCCAAGAUAUUAUUCAUAUCGUUUUUCUUCUCAAUUGUUCUCUUCCACAAAAAAAGUUUCCAUGGAUCUCUUUUUGCAAAUAAUCUACAUUCUUGGAUAAACCAUGUUCAGACUCUGAUGUUUUUUUCAUAAAAAGUAUCAGUAUUCGACAAUGCAAAAUAUAUUUGUCUCUUCUAUGCAGCUCUGUGGAUCGGACAAAGGUAACAAC